AUGUUGCACAAUUUACUGCACAAAAGGAAAAGUUUUACUAUAAUUUUACCUGACCAGGGAUGCAGGUUUUUUAAUAAAUGGGUAAGUAAUAAAAAGCAAGGGAUAAAUAUUCUUUAUAAAAGACAUUUUGGUGUUUCAGGAAGUUAUGGAUAUAGCAUUUUUGCAAAAGAAGGAAACUAUAAUUCUAAUGUAGGUAAGAAUAAUUUACAUCAAUAUCAAGAUAAAUAUUAUGGUAACAAUUUAAUAAAAGUAAAAAACUUUUAUUUUACCAAGUGGCCUGGGACGGUAUCAAAAUUAGGGGGAUUUUAUUUUUUCGGUAAAAAUUACAACAUGGGGUUUUACCAUAUGCUUAUAGAAGAAGAAGGAGAAAUUAAGAAAGAUAUAGCUCUAAUAUCAAGUUGUAACAAAAGACAUAUUGAACAUAAAAAAAUUGAGAACAAAAUGAAGGAUUUAUCAUGUGGUUACUCUGUUCAAAUAAUUUUAUCUGGAAAAGGUGUUAAAUGUUAUUAUGAAGAUAUAAAUUAUACGCCAAUUAAAAUAAAUUAUAGGAAUAACAUAAAACAAUAUUACAAUUUUAAGAAACCACAUAAGGAUUUAAAAAUGAUAGAAGAAAAAAAUAAUGAAAAUGUAGAUGAAAAUGUAGAUGAAAAUGUAGAUGAAAAUGAGAAGGAAGAAGAUGUUAAAACUUCUGAAGAACAAAAACAGAACAGAAAUAGAACAAAAAAAGUUAAAAAAAUUUUUGUCCGUUUAGGUAUAGGAACAAAAAAUAUUGAUAUUACAAGAGUGUUAACUAUGCAUAAAAAAUAUGUUAAUAUAGAUGUAGACAAAACUGGUACCAUAAUAAAUGUCUAUGGAUAUAACAAAAAAUAUGUCGGGUCAGUUUCUCAUCGAUUAUAUAAAAUAGUCAAAAUGAAUGUCUACACAAUGAAAGGUGGCUAUGUGUAUCUCCAUAAGCCUAAGCAAAAAAUCCCUAAAAAGAAAUGA